AUGGAAAAGUUUGAACGAAGAAAUCUCGCUCGUCAAGUUCACGCUAUACUCUCCAAAUGCGACAAAAAAGGAUUAACCAUUGAAGAUCUUGAGAAAGAAAUAAUGACUUUUGAAAACUUCAGCUUGGAGAGUGCUCUGGCUGACAUUGGUAUCUCAGUUCUCCAAUUUCUGCAAGGUUUCCCCCACAAGUUUCGGAGAAAUGCUGUGACGAAAAUUUGCAACUUGAAUUUGAAAUCCGAGCCAAAGAAGAGCAUGGAUACAAGUUUAUGCGCCGAGCAAUUUUCCAAAUUGCCGAGUCCACCAUUUGAGGCCUGGAAAAUUGGGCACGCGUGCCUGAUUCCCGUGUUCGCCGAUAGGAAAAUUGGUGUUUUUUAUCGUCGCGCCGUCGUUGUCGAUAUUGACAAAUUUGAUAAGAUUAUCAUUGUGCGACAGAUUGAUUUUGGCGAUGUUCGAGGCUUUAAGGCGGAAAAAUUGAUUCCGAUGCCCGAAAUUUUUGGCUCGAUUCCGUGUUUGGCGAUCAAACUGCGAUUGCAAAAUUUCAAAAUCAUUGAUGAGCAAAAUUUCGAUACGAUUCAAAAGGAGAAUUUGGCAUUGUUUCAAAAAAUGGGAACCUCGUUGAAAUUCCGUCCAAUCAAAUGGCUGCCAGGACAUGAUGAUGAGAAUGCUCUGCUUGUAAAGUUGUUUGUCAACUCAUCGCCAGAUGAUGUGUUGAAAACCCUGGAAACCCAAGGAAAGAUACAAAUUCUCUAA